GGAAUAUCUAGCGCUGUCUGAAAUUCUGCUGAGUUGUCAACACUGUGCUCGCAGUGUUGAUAAACAUGGAGGAGGAGGCGGCCCAGGGCCAGGGCAGGGGCGGGCGGCCAGGCAGCCUCGGCAGCCUCGGCCUCGCCAGGGGGGGCAGCAGCAGGUCGAGUCGAGCCUCCACUUCCACCUCCUGCACAGCCUCCACCUCCACAUACUCCACUGAUGAACGGACAGAUGACACUCUCAACCAGUAUUCCAUCACAAACAUCCCCUCAGAGGCUGAGGGUGCCUACCCCCAGCACCAGAGUCAAGGGCACACCGCUCCAGAUACGAUAGCUAGCAGCUGGGCUAUGAACUAUCAUGAGGCUGCCAUCUUUUUGGAGGAGGGAGAGAACAAUGACAAGUUCAACAGCCACCCCAGGGACCGUGCUGCCCUGCCUGCGUACUUAGUGACUCACAACCACUGGUUCUAUUCACUUGAUUUGUUUGCUGCCCUGCUCCUCCUCUCCCUUGCCACCAUUGAGCAGCCUGCUGUUUUUCCGGGGGUUCCAGUAGGAGUUCAUGCCUCUGUUGAGCUCUUUGGACUGUUCCUGAUCGGCAUUUCCAUUGUGAUGCAGUUGCGCUGGCUGGGACCACGCACCUUUCUCACCCACAAGCGAUCUGUUGUUAAGCUGGUAACUUGGAUUGUGAUGCUCAUUGAUGCCAUAGUUGUAAUAAUAAAGAACAAGACGCACUUUCGUGUAACCCGAGCCCUUCGCCCAAUCUUCCUGGUGGACAGCAGAUACCUUGGGGGAGUACGCAGGUUCCUACGGCAGAUCCUACAGUCAGUGCCUCCCAUUCUGGAAGUGCUAACCAUCCUGUUCUUCAUCCUGAUAAUUUUUGCUACCCUCGGGUUCUACCUCUUCAGCCCCAACCAGAAGGACCCUUAUUUCUCCACCUUUCGCCAGUCCUUUGUAUCCCUCUAUGUCCUCCUCACCACUGCCAACUUUCCAGAUGUGAUGAUGCCAGCCUAUGCCCAGCACCGUGGCAGUGCUGCCUUCUUCAUAGUUUUCCUGGCCAUCAGCCUUUACUUCAUCAUGAACCUCAUGCUUGCUGUGGUGUUUGUCGUAUUCAGUGACAUUGAGAAGGAGAAGUUCCGCAAGCUGCUAGUGCACAAACGCAGGGCAUGCCAGUAUGCCUUCCGCCUCCUGGUGACCUGCUCCCAGCCCUCCCACAUCCCUUUUAGACACUUUCGAGGUCUCCUGAGGUUCUUUAGACCUGGCACAGGUGACAGGGAUGCGUACCUCAUCUUCAAGGCUCUAAACCGCUCCAAUAGUGGCUUGCUCAGCCUCUCAGAAUUCUACAACAUUUAUGACAUCUGUGGGUACUAUUGGAGACCCCAGAAGCCACCUCUCCCUUGGUUCAAUGAAUUGCCGGGUCCCAUUCGCUGCUGUUGCUACCUCAUUCGCAGCCUGGUUACUUGGAAGUGGUUUGACGUCUUUAUUUAUUUCGUCAUUUUCCUCAAUGCAGUGGUGCUGAUCACGCGCACUAUUAUUCUCUCCUCCACUGAGACUCCUGUCAGCCACGAUCUGGAAGUUACCUGGGAUCAGAUAGCUGUGGUUGCCUUGUAUGGCGUGGAGGCACUCCUCAAGACCAUUGGCCUUGGGAUCCAGAAUUACUUCAGCUCUGGUUGGAACGUGUUUGACUUUAUCAUCACCAUCCUGGCCAUUGGGGGGACUGUGGCGGAGACGUUUGCCGACUCUUUCUUCUAUGUUGUCAUCCUGAGGCCUAUGAGGCUUCUACGGCUGUUUAAGGUAAGACAGAGGUACCGUGAUGUCUUCCAAACACUGGUCCUCCUUCUGCCCCGCAUCACCUCAGCAGUCAUCAUCAUCAUCAUCACUUACUAUUUCUUUGCUGUGGUGGGCAUGGAGCUCUUCUCAAAGUAUGACAUGAAAAACUGCUGUGUGAACACCACCGUGGAACAGUUCUACAAGGAUGACAACACCACUCUCUACCUGGACUACUACUUCCUCAACAACUUUGAUAAUAUAUUCAUGGCUGGUGUUACCCUCUUUGAGCUCACUGUUGUCAAUAACUGGUUCAUUAUCAUGGAAGGAUAUGUGGCUGUUACAAGUGAGUGGUCGAGGCUGUACUUUAUGAUCUUCUACUUGGUGAUGAUGGUGGUGAUGUCUGUGGUGGUGGCCUUCAUCCUGGAGGCCUUCACCUUCCGCAUGGAGUACAACCACACAGUACUGCAGGAUGCUGAUGGAGAUGAAGACACUAUCCGCACUCUUGUCAUGCUGAAGAAGGAGGACAUAUCAAUCAUCCACGGCAGCUUAUCUGACCAUCGCACUAUUCAGCAGCUUGCAUCUGUCUUCCAGAAUGAAGAGGUGACCUACUUUGAAGGGGUGGGACAGCGAACAAAAAUAGUGCUGCAGCGAAGAAUGUACCGUGAUGAGAUCCCAGUGUGGCACGCCCAGGCAGACCAUGAGUAUGCAGACAGCCCAGGCCUCCUUAGCAGUUCUCAGUCUUCAGGGCAGAGACCAGUAGGGCCCAUCCUCUCCAGCACCCCAGUCACCCAUGACUCACCAGAGGGGACUCCACCAUCCUAUGUUGGUACGCUCAAUCCUAACGGGUCCUUGGAGAGUUAACAGGUACUCAACAUGUAGGUUUUGUUAAGUUGUACCUUUUUAAGCUUUGAUACACCACACUGGUAUGGGACAUGUUUACUGAAUUGUUUGCUACAUUCCAGUUAGGUCAAACAUACUCUGUGUAUAGCAUACAUCAUCCUGCCAGAGGACUUCCCUUGAUAGCAACUUAAGAAUGGGUGUGUUGUGAACAUGAUACUGAUCCCCAACUAACACUAUAGUAUGAUAUUAUUGUAUUGCCUCUAAUUUUGAAGGGACCAGCAAUCGUUGACAUAGAGUACAAAUUACUGCUUACCCCAUGGAUAUAUUUAUAUACUUGAAAGUUUAACUUUACAAUCCAUUAAUAUUGCUUCUUCAGAACAAGGUAUAUAUUUUGAUAUCUUUCAUAGUGUAAAAUAUGCAGUAAUACUAAUAUUCAUAUGAAUACUGUGAUCACUUUGUAUUUUGUAAGAUUUUAUCGUCUGUUACUCCGGGUUAGGAGUGGGUAUGGUAGUGCCGGCAAUGGGAGUCAGGACUGAAGGAAAGUAGUUUGUCUGGCUUAUAUAUAUUUUUUUUUAAAUAUUUAAUGUGCAAGUCACAAGCUGGUGUAUGGUUUGAGAUGAAAGUUAAUAGAAUAUAUUUUAUGUAGUUAUACAUAUACAUAUAUUUUUCAGAGCAAUACAUUGAUCUGAUUGUUAGCUCAACUGUGGGGUCAUUUCUUAACCCCUUCAACAUGAGGAUGCAUAUACUGUGUACUUGCGUGCCCCAUACCAUAUCUGACGACGCGCAUGCUGUAUCCUGGCAUGCUUUACCCAAUAUACGAGUUAUUUUAUCUUUAUAUUUAUGCUUACAUAAAUUAUCAAUUAAUUUAUGCUUCUUUAUGUGCACCAUUUAAUUCUGCAUGUUUUCAUAUAUAAUACAUGAUGAUUAUGUUGAGUUUAUGGCUGAAAACUUGUUAUAUUCAAUAGCAACAUUUGAAGUUUGGUGUGCGCGGCGAUCAUGGGUACAAUGUGGAGCUCUGUUUUCGCCCGGCCGUAGUGAGUUUCUUUACGUGUACCAUUUAAUUCUUCAUGUUUUCAUAUAUAAUACGUGAUGAUUAUGUUGAGUUUAUGGCUGAAAGCUUGUUAUAUUCAAUAGUGACAUUUGAUAUUUGGUGUGCGUGGCAAUCCCAGAUACGGUGUGGAGCGCUGUUUUGGCCCAGCCAUAGUGAGUUUCUUUAUGUGCACCAUUUAAUUCUGCAUGUUUUCAUAUAUAAUACAUGAUGAUUAUGUUGAGUUUAUGGCUGAAAACUUGUUAGAUUCAAUAGCGACAUUUGAAAUUUGGCGCGCGCGGCGAUCUCGGAUACGGCGCGGGGCGCUGUUUUCGCCCGGCCGUAGUGAAGGGGUUAAGGAUCAGAACUAUGUGACAGAACAGGGGGCCAGCUGGCUUCCUGCCAGACCUGUUUGACUAUGUAUAAAUUUUAUGAUUAAGGCAUAUAUAUAUAUAUAUAUAUAU